AAACUCCAUCCGCCAGCGUUUUUUUGGCAAACAAUUUCAACUCAUCCGCCUGGUGCAGCGUAUCAUUUAACGCAUCCUGUACACCCGCACCACACGCUCUUUUUACAUUUCUGCUCAUAUUGAUACACAUGGCUUUGGUUCGCGGAAUAAGGACGGCGUUUGUUCGUUCGCAGCCUUUUGGAUUGAGCGCGGGAUUGGCGGCGAGGAGAGGACUGGCUACUGCAACGCACCAGCUUACGGUCCGUGAUGCUCUAAACCAAGCCAUGGAAGAAGAAAUGCGCCGCGAUAAGACAGUCUUUCUUUUAGGAGAAGAGGUUGCUCAGUAUAAUGGUGCCUACAAGGUAUCAAAAGGCCUCUUGGACAAAUUUGGACCAGACCGGGUUAUCGACACGCCAAUUACGGAGAUGGGAUUUGCGGGGUUGGCUGUGGGAUCCGCUAUGGCUGGAUUGAAGCCCAUUUGCGAGUUUAUGACCUUUAAUUUUGCGAUGCAGGCCAUCGACCACAUUGUGAAUUCAGCCGCCAAAACUCGAUACAUGUCCGGUGGUAUCGUCGGCGUCCCAAUUGUUUUCCGCGGUCCCAACGGCGCAGCGGCAGGAGUUGCAGCCCAGCAUUCGCAGGAUUAUGCUGCAUGGUACGGUCAGAUUCCUGGUCUGAAGGUUGUCAGCCCGUGGAGCGCCGAGGAUGCGAAAGGAUUGUUAAAGGCUGCGAUUCGGGACCCGGAUCCAGUUGUUGUGUUAGAGAAUGAGAUUAUGUAUGGACAGCAUUUCGAUGUCUCGGAGGAGGUAUUGUCAGAUGACUUUGUGCUACCGAUUGGAAAGGCCAAGAUCGAGAAGGAGGGAUCGGAUAUAACAGUCGUAGCGCAUUCACGCGCUGUUGGCCAAAGUUUGGAUGCUGCCAAAGAGCUGGAAAAGGAGGGUAUCAAAGUGGAGGUCAUCAACCUCCGCUCCAUCCGCCCUCUCGACAUUGACACUAUCAUUAAAUCCGUAAAGAAGACCAACCACCUUGUAACAGUCGAAGGAGGAUUCCCCCAAUACAGCGUAGGAUCAGAGAUUUGCGCUCAAAUCAUGGAGAGUGAUGCAUUUGACCACCUUGAUGCGCCUGUCAGCCGAGUAACUGGGGCAGAUAUCCCUAUGCCUUACGCCAAGAACCUGGAGGAUUUGAGUUUACCUCGAGUCGAAUCGAUCAAGAACACCAUUUUGAAAAACCUCAACAGAAAGUGACAUGUGGGCGUCCAUGGGCCAGGAUGAUGAAGGGAAUGGGUUUGAGCCAUAUUUUUUGUAAAAAUUCAAACUGUGGGGUGAAUUGGGUAUCGCUUCAUGUUCAAUAUAGACUUUUGGGGGAGAACCGACAAUACCUCAUCGCAUGGAUUGAUGACCGCUCUGUUCAGAUGAAUUUCUAAUGAUAUUCGGCUAUCUCUAUCUACACACCCCUUCCUGCAACAACAGAUCCACCCUCAUCGCUCACACCUAUCUACUACUUG